GGGGGAGGGGAGCAAAGGCUCUCGGACCGUAAAAGGCUUCCGCUACUGGGAUACGCCGAGACGUCAGUCGAGCAUAAGACAUCGUCCAAGGAAGGCCGCAACCAGUCAUGUCGAAGCGUGGAAAGAGUGACUCGACCAAGAGGCGCGCCCAGAGGGCCACCUCCAACGUUUUCGCCAUGUUUGAGCAGAACCAAAUAGCCGAGUUCAAAGAGGCGUUCCAGAUGAUCGACUCAAACAAGGACGGCUUCCUGGAUAAGAACGACCUCCGAGCCACGUGGGACUCUCUCGGGAGAAUCAUUCCGGAUAAGGACCUGGACGGCAUGGUGGCGGAAGCCACAGGCCCCAUCAACUUCACCAUGUUCCUCACCAUCUUCGGAGAGCGAGUUCAUGGCACCGACCCAGAGGACGUGAUCCGCAACGCUUUCAAAACCUUCGACAAGACUGGGGACGGAAGAGUGAGCGAAAAAGAACUGAAGAGAGCUCUCAUCACGUGGGGAGACAAGUUUCAAGAAUCGGAGGUGGACGAGGUCUUGAAAGAAGUCCCCAUCGACCGGGACGGCUACAUCAACAUCGACUCGUACGUGAAGCUCAUCUGCGGUGGCACCGACGACGAAGAAUAAAAACGCAUCUUUUUAAUCGUCGCCGAUCCAAAAAAACGUAUCCCUAUUAAAAAGUACAAUCUCUA